AGCCUGAGUAGGUGAAUUUUGUGGCACUCUUAACUUGGUUGGCAAAGACAAAAAGUGUGCAGCGGGUUGAGUUGUUUUUUUGUUUUUUUGGUUGAGUUUUUUGGAGUGUCUAGGAUGCAGAACUGAUUGAUGAUAUUGUGCAUUAGUUGAAUGCACUGUAGGGAUAGGUAAGACGACAAUCACAGCGCUACACACAAUGACCGCCUGGGACAAACCCUCACUGCGCGUAAGCUAGUGACGAAAGCAUGCACGCCCGAGAGAACGAGAGCAUCUGUGUCCGGGAGGGUGUUUCCGAAAUGGAUGGAGCGUGGAGGGAAGGUAGGAGUGGGUGUAAGCAGUCUAGAAUCUAGAUGACAGGGAAUGCCAGGCAUCCAUGACUGCUGUGUGUUGAGGGAAGAAAGAGGGGGAGUAAAGGAAGAAAAGGGGGAGAGGGGGAGAGGGGGACGAUGGCGCAACUGAAGAAAGUGGGUUGAAUUUGCGCAAAUUGAUUGAGUACCAGUUAAUUGAUACAGUUCCACAUUCCAGUUGAUCUUUCCGAGCGCGACCUCGUGCGAACUGUUUGCCUGUCUGUCAGCCGUUGAUAUCGAGACUGGGUAAUCUGUGCUGUUGCAAACAUGUAUUAGCAGUCUGGCAGGUAACUGACGGUUCCUGCGCAUUAUCGCCUUGUAGUAUGUUUAACGUAGUCGUUGAGUUGGCAUUGUUGAUGAAAUCAUUGAAAUGCCUUCAACAGCCCAUACGCCUAGUUAGCUAACAAGAUGCUGCAGGUCAGGAAGCCAUCUUUAUACACGCAAUUUUCUAAAUGUAUGAGCUUGUAAAAAAUGUAUGGUAUAGUCGGCAACGAGUCGGCGGUGUUUCUGGUGCUGCUGCUUAUAAAGAGUACUUGACCAGUUGAUACUGACUAUAAAGUGCUACGUUCUUCCGUGAGUGGCUUUGUCCAUCAAAUUGAUUGGUUGGAUGUGUGACAAAUCCUGUAUGAUAUCGAUCAGAGAAUUGUCUGACGAGCGGCCGUUGCCACUCGAGGAUCUUUGACACCACAAGGGGGAGGCAGACGGACAAGCAAACACAAGGACAGACAAACAAACAGACAGACAGACAAAGACAUAUGUAGGUACAUACAUAAACAAUAGAUACAGACAGUCAGAGAGAGAGACAGGCAGAGACAGACAAACGGACACACGUCACAGUCAUUUUGAAAUCCCACAUGGUAGGACUGUUCCAAUGAUGAUAUUGAUGCACGUAGGUCGAAAAGGGGCUGUGGCGGUGAUUGUUUGAAGCCCACACUAUCCGACAGACCUGGCGACCGGCUGACCAAACAAUCGACCGAUCAGUCAACUGGUGUGCAGGCAGGCAGGCAGGCAGGCAGGCAGGCAGGCAGGCAGGCAGGCCGACAGAUAGACGAACAAACUGGCAGACAGACGGUCGGGCAAACGGACAAAGAGGAGAUUUCCUUUGGAGUGUGGCUGGGAGCGAAUGGUGCUAGGUGUUAGAGUUGAAGGAGGAUAGAUCUGGCAAUGUCGGCAGCGGGAGAGACAACAUUGGGGAAGGAAGUUCAGGUCACUGGGAGGUCAUCUUCAUCUACAAGGGUGGUUGGUUGUAUUUGGCUAUGUGGUGUGACAUUGGGCUGUAUCGCUGUGUCUUCUUUGAGCGAUUCCUUCCUCGGUGUGUGGCAUGGCCAGAUUAGAAGCUGUGGAAAUGAAGUUGCCUGGGUGGGAGCAAGAUCGAUCGCAGUCUGGAACGCUCCCUCGGCCAUCAACCAUCGACCAUCGACCAUCGACCAUCGACCAAUCAGGGAAUCAGAAGGGACUGUGUUCCCGGAGGCACGCUGUGUGCUUCAUGGACUCUGUAUACAUAUGGACUCUGUGUUCCAUGCUUUUUUUUUAAUUGUUGAUGUACCCAUCAUCUAAUUACAUCAGGAUUCGAACUCGAGAUCUCCUCUUCGACAGUUGCAUGUGUGUAGUAAGGUAGGUACUGUAUACCUUUCAGCCCCAUGGGGUGGGCGCGCUACACUGGCUGUGCUACCUGCUUAGACAGGCACACAGAAGGCUUUCAGUGAACUUCAAGCGAAGCUGCGAACGACUCGUCAGAGUCUCAGUGACUCCAUUACCAUUUGCGCCCGAAUAAAACGCCUGGUCAUUAUAGCAGUAUUUUGGCCCAACUUGCAGUCUCGAUAUAGCGACAAGGACCGGGUGUUCUAUUCGGGUGAAGACGGUAGUUGCAGAACCUCAACUGGUUGCCAGCCAGCACGCGGAGUUCUAACUCUGUUUGGAACUCUGGGUGGGAAUCUGGGUGGAACCACGAGUGGAACCUGGGGUGGAACCACCCAGGAUGAGGCAGGUUUUGAUGAAGAUGUGGACAUUGUGGAGUUCUAACUCUGGUUUGAACUCUGGGUGGUAAUGUGGGUGGGGCCCGUGAAGGGAACCGCAGGUGGAGCUGUCCAGGAUGAGGCAGAUUUUGAUUAACGUGUGGAGUUCUUACUCUGGUUAGAACUGUGGGUGGGAAUCUGGGUGGAGGCCUGUGAGCGGAACCUCGGGUGGAGCCAUCAAGGAUCAGGCAGAUUUUGAUUAACGCGUGGAGUUCUUACUCUGGUUAGAUCUCUGGGUGGGAAUGGCGGUGGGGCCCGCGAAGGGAACCUGGGGUGGAGCUGUCCUGGAUGAGGCACAUUUUGAUGGACUAAACUUCUCAGCGUAUGGUUGUCAACUUCACCAUCAAGCGGCCGCGGCGGCAACGGCGGCGGGGGGGGGGGCGGCGGGGGCGGCGGGGGCAGCAUAUUCCAGGGAGUUUCUGUGUGGCUUGAUUAGAGUAAAAAUUCUGAAUAGAGGGUUGGAGGUUGAAAGUUGAAACUGUUGAAAUAGCAGGAAGGGAACCGAACGUGUCCCCAUGGGUGUGCUUAGGAGAUGGUGCACUGAGUGCAGUGAGGUAUCUGAUUUCAGAUUGGCAUUUGGAAUUAUGAUUAUGAAAUUUCAAAUUUCAGAUUGUACAUUUGAAAUUUUGAGAAUGGGAAAUAAUGUGAAUGCUCGAGAGAUCCGCAUGCUUGUUGAAGGAUGUGAUUCUGCUAGUAGUUUAGGGUUGGAACCGUGUGUUAGGUUAAACCACCAGUUCGUACAAGCCUCAGUUGACGAAGCAGCCUUCCAAUUCCAAGGCUAGGGAGGGACUCUAGGGAGCCUGAGACUGCGCCUUUCGAAAGUCACCCGGCGCUUUCACUAUCGGCCCAGACCUGAAUCGAAAAGCUCUUGCCGCGUGUACACGCGGUAAGAGCCCUUUCUUGUUUCGGGCGAACUGGCGGUUUAAUAGUGGUACCGUGAAGUUGCGUGAACAAGUGGGAGUUGAAAUGGCGAACAAUACGCAGGGCAGUGGACGUGACAUGUGAGCACCAGUGUAGGUAGGUUUAUGAGACUCUGGCUUUGAGCAGGAAUGCUAGGCUAGGUGUUUUACUUAUAUUUACUACAACUU